UGCUGCCGCUAGUCGCCGAAUUUAACGACGGAGAACGCCAGCGUCGUCGAAGAUCUGCCGUGACCUCGGGUCAACCCCCCCAAAUCCAUGCGGCAUGACCUCCCAACAUCACUACAGCACGGCAACGCCGAGCCCGUACGCGAACCAGUUUCCCCACUUGGCGGCCAACGGCUCCAUGGACGAUGACAUCUCGAACGAAACGGACAAUCAGUUCGAGCAGGCGGGCUGGCAGGUGGCCGCCUGGUCGCUGGCCUACACGGCCGAGGUGGUGGUGGCCGUGCUGGGCAACCUCGUGGUCAUCUGGAUCAUCCUGGCGCACAAGCAGAUGCGCACGGUGACCAAUUACUUCCUGGUCAAUCUGGCCUUCUCGGACGCGUCCACGGCCGCCUUCAACACCCUCAUCAACUUCACGUACGCCAUCAACAACGAGUGGUACUACGGGGCCGCCUACUGCCGCUUCCAAAACUUUUUCCCGCUGGCUGCGAUGUUCGCCAGCAUCUACUCGAUGACAGCCAUUGCCGGCGACAGGUACAUGGCGAUAAUCCACCCGCUGCGGCCACGACUCUCGGCCUUCGCCACCAAGGUCCUGAUCGGCAUCAUCUGGCUGCUGGCCGUAGUGCUCGCAUUUCCCUUCUUUUACUACUCGGAGGUGGCUGACAGCCAUGGCCGCUUUAUCUGCUACAUCUCCUUCCCCAAAGACGAUCACGUGAACCUCAAACUUGUGAACCAGAUCGUGGUGGUUGUGUUGGUGUACCUGCUGCCGCUCGUGGCCAUGGCGGUGGCGUACACGAUCGUGGGCAUCACCCUGUGGGGCAGCGAGAUCCCCGGCGACACGGGGGACAAGUACCACGAGCAGCUGCGGGCCAAGCGCAAGGUGGUGAAGAUGAUGAUCGUGGUCGUGUGCACGUUCGCCAUCUGCUGGCUGCCCUACCACGUCUACUUUCUGGUCUACGGGAUCGACAGUGAACUCUUCCAGUGGAAGUACAUUCAGCAGGUGUACCUGGCCGUGUUCUGGCUCGCAAUGAGCUGCUCCAUGUACAACCCCAUCAUCUACUGCUGCCUCAACAACAGGUUCCGCGUGGGCUUCAAGCGGGCCUUCCGCUGGUGCCCCUUCGUGGACGUGUCGAGCUACGAGGAGCUGGAGCUCAAGUCGACGCGCUGCCUCCAGGCGCGCGCCGGCAGCACCUACACGGUGUCGCGCAUCGAGUCCAACCUCACACUGGUGGCCGAGACCGGGGAGCUGGAGGGCGGCCCCGCGGCCGCGGCAAUGGCGGCCGCGGUAGGAGCGGCAAGUGGAGGAGGAGGAGCGGGGCCUUUCAAGCUCCAGGCCGCCGACAGGGACGGCUGGCUGAGCCCGAGCGCGCGGCGCGGGAACGCGGCCCGCCGAUUCUCGCUCACGAGCGGCGGUGGCGGCGCACGGGACCCCAACAGCAUCUCGCCCAAAAUGGCGGCGCUCACGGCAGAGGCGGCCUGCUCCGUGCCGGGCUCCCGCUCGUCGAGCUUCUACUCAUCCCCGCACACGUCCACGGAGGAGUACUGAGCGCGGUCGCCACCCCCAUCCCCCCCCAACCGACACACCUUCCCUUUCGCCUGAGCGUCCAGCCUGUGUUGGUUCGUUGAGGAGUGCAGCGCCGCGGCAUGAUCCUUAUUUACCUGUCGUUCCCCCGCCCCUCCUCUCCCCUAUCAAUGACUGACCAGCUCCGUGCUUAAAGCCCCGGUGUGAUUGUGACGUUUCGAGAGAUGAUUCUGACACUGCAUAACCAGGAUACAGUUUUUGUUUAAAUGUGAUACAAAUACGGUUGUCGAAAUCGGCCUGUGCGCGCGCGCUGUCACGUGGCGGGAUCGUGGCAGUAGCUUUGCGGCUUGGGGGAGGCCAUCAUCCAGUGGUGCAUGGAUCAAGCCCGAUGAUGGCAAUGAUGAAUGUACAUGAUAAAUAUGUUUUUGGUUGGCGUGUUUUUAACCACGAGAUCGAUGAUAUGAUCCUAAUGGCGGUAACCUGGGGUACUAAAUAAUACAAAAUGGCCGAGGCAAUUAAAUAUUUUAUUUCUGGGACACCAUUUUUUUCUCGGGAUGUACUUAACUCCACGACUGGGGUACCAAUCAAUCCGAAAUCAGUCGAAACGUAGUGAGGACGAUUGCGCUUAAACCCUGAACGCUCGUACACACUGUCGUGGUGCAUCAUGUAUAGCUCGUCGAGAUGAGUCGAUUGCCGCAUGGCCGACCAUCAACAGACUAAAAAUGACUGCACCACGGACAUUAAGCGAGAGCCGGGGUACUAUGGUACCGCCAUGAGGUUCAUAUAAUCCACAUACACAUCCACUAAACAAGUAAAGAGAAAUAUGUUUACUUAAACAUAUUUUUCAAUCAUGUUUGCCAAACAUAAAUGGAGAAACCUGGUUAUGCAGAUGAAAAUCUAAUUCCAGCCUGGUCUUAACAUACAGGUCUAGAAAGAAACAUUUCGACAAUGAAACUAAACUUACAAAAAAAACCCAGCAGCGAAAGCACACGAUAUUCCUCUAUCACUGUCAUCAGCAGACGAUCAGACAUACUCGCCUCAAAUAAAUUGCCUCAAUUUAGAUUUGUGUGCAUCUAUUACCCCCUCCCACGUGGGGCACAGCCCUACCCCAUCAACACAGCAAACCCAGGCGAUGCCGUUAUAAUUUAAGACCACACUGUGUAAAAAUAUUCUUCCUCACCUGUGCAUUCUGGCUGAUACAUACAAUACUUAUUGAUUGAAAACUGAUGGAGUGAGGAGUAGGUAGAAAGAAGGACAGAAGGAAUAGAAAAAGCGGAAUGUGCCAUGCCCUCGAUCCGAAUGGUCUAACGUCAUUGCUUGGAUAAUAAGAAAUUAGUGGCCUCCAACUGUUUGCGUCUGUUUCAUGAGUUUAUCCCACCUUCUGUACAGGCCAUGAAACAAGAGACGUGUACAUCAGUGAUGGAUAUAUUUUUUUAUAGAUUUUAUUUAUUUCAGCAGGAAGGGCCCCAAUAAACUGCUAGGCCUUUGUGUUAUGAGUGUCUUGCGGCGGCCGUACAGAGGUUUUCCAGUACAAGAUCUGAGUUGCACAAGAAAAUUAUCACGGUGAGCACACUAGACCGGUUCUAUCUCCCGGCGCAGCAGUCAAAACAACGGUGCAUCUGUCCACCCAGCGGUCUAAACGGCUGCACCACAAUUAGUCGAUCGGCAUGUCGCUGUGCAGUGGGGUAAAGAGUGGGUACUUCCACGAUGACUGGCUGGUAUCGAAUAAUGAACCGUCUACCCUCUAGAGAGGGUCUCUGGAUCUUGCUCCAGCUGGCUGUUCUGUCAGCAGUGGCAAUCGCGAGGGCUGCACCUUCACGAUCUUUUGCAUUGACAGCGAUGUUUCUCGGCACGCUUUUCAAAACGACGCAGUCCCGUUGUUACUUAAACCGCCAAAAUCUGCGCAGACGUGGAGGAACAGGAUUGCCGAGACAGCGAGUAGCCUGCGAGCAUCACCGUCCAUAGGAUGUGACAGCAGUGCCGAGUAGUCCAUCGUAAAGGAGCGGACAUUGAAAAUCAUGGACUCUUAAAAAUCCCCAGGUAGGGGACGGGGGUUAACAGGCGGAGAGGGAGAAGGCACACUCGUCUAUAACAGCGGCAAAAAAAACGAAAUAAUUUCCUGCUCAAAUGAGCAUGGGGCAAUUGCUCGUCUCGCAUUUACGGCCCAAAGCGAGUGGCGGAAAUUCUACGGUGGUAUGGCAGGGGCGAGUUUACCGCUAGAACAACCACUUUUGACUCCCCCAUAACAUGGUACGCAAGACGGUAUAUAAUUGAUCGACCACGGAGUGAUGUUGUGAUGUUGUGCUUCAUCAACCCACAAUCGGGAUUGGAACUCGCAGCCUUGCGUUCGCGAGCCCGCACUCCUGCAGCUGAGCUGCCUGCCCGGUUCAACUGUGUGCAUCGUUCAUGCCGCUCCCAUCAGUGAAAAAGAGCUUUAUAGCUCACGGAUUCCUCCAUUAUAAAUACAUAUUCUGAUGCUUACAGCUGCUGAGGGGGAAUUCCCAGCUCGGUACAAAAUCUCUCAAUCAUCCUCUCGCUUCUGCCUCCACCCACUCACUCUCCCUGUGGAUCAAAAGGUGUCAAGGGCUCAUGAUUACGAUGGAUGGAAUUAACUCUUCGUACUAGACGACUGCAGACAUUCUACGGGGAUAGUUUUGAACGUUAAAUUAUGAGCUUUAAAAGAGACUUGUGGGUCUUUGUGCAGGUUUCCCUGGCCUUAUGCAGUAGUUGAAUUCCACGAAAAUGGUGCACAAUGUGAAAUCGCGUAGCAUAGACUUCCACAGUCACCUAACCCACAAUGCAUUGCACUAGACAGCUGCUUGCCGAGUAGCGUACACAGUACACACGGUGUUGUCCCACAUCUGACCGCAUAGCCGCUCACGAGUGAAUUCAACCCGCAUAUCGCGAAUUUUAGGGAGAAAUGGAUGAGCCGCAUGUUCGCGAAAUUGCAGAAACCAAACCCGCAUAAAGCGAGGGAAACCUGUAUAAGCAAAGACAAAGAUCUUCGAGCAGUCUUAGAAAAUGUUUAACUAUUGCUGUGUCAGCAAGGGUAACUUUGUACUAGGUAGGGUCUACAUCAGUGACACACUUGAGGCUAAGUUGAGGCUGAGUAUUUGAAUUGUUUUUCAACUUUCGGCACUAUUUGGUGUUAGUAAUUUGCAUGAAUGCAACUAAGCUGUCAUGUUAUGUUGACUUGGAAUUUUGUAAGCGUUUUCAACAUUUCUUAUUCGUUAUUAUUUUUUCUUCUUCAUCCUGUCUUUUACACGUUUAAAUUUUGUCAUUCUCAUUUUCUGUCCAAUCAAAAUGCUAAUUUUCUAAUUUUCCUCGGCACCGUAAUCCAUGUCCCAUCGAGAAUACGAGGGCACGGUCUGUCAGUGGGUCUCUACAGGGUGCCAUCGUUUUGGAUCUGAGCCUGAUUUUGUUUCUAAGGAAGCCCUACGAUGUAUUAAUCUGCCAUCAGUCGUACAGCUCACGGCGCACUGGAUUUUCAGCUGGGAAUCCUUCAGCGUAAUCCCGACCGAGUGAAUCCAGCAGCAGAGUGAGACGGCUCACAGUCGAAAGGUUGAGAGUUCAAAUCCUGAUUUGGGGGGUUUGACUCAGCCCAUCAUCCCCCAGCAGUCGAUAAAAUAAGUACCACUUUGUGGGCGAGUCACGUGGUUGAUUUAUAGAGAGUCUCCCCCUCCCCUGUUAUUGGAAUAGUAAAUUUCCACCACUGGCUGUUAAACAGAUGUUCAGCAUUGUGAUGGCAAUUCAUUUGAAUCACAAUGCUGCAGUGACAAAUGGAAUUUUACUCAAAUGUUAUCGGUUUGUGUUUCUUCUGCAUUUAUAUUAUAGACAAAAUGCUUUCAAUAGAGAGAAAUAUACAUGCGUGUAGAAAUAUGCACGCGUGUAGAAAUAGAUAUGCGUGUGUAGAAAUAGACAUGCGUGUAGAAAUAUACACGCGUGUAGAAAUAUACAUGCGUGUGUAGAAAUAGACACGCGUGUAGAAAUAUACACGCGUGUAGAAAUAGACACGCGUGUAGAAACGCUUUUCUGCGACGCGAGCUGUAGUACAGAGGAGCACGACCAUUUGACGACGCUGUCGUAACGCGGGCCGUGGACAGAGUGCAACGUGAUGAAAAAAAAAAGAGAUUACUUUGGAUAUUUAGUUUAACCCCAUUGUAACCUCAUUUGCCAGUAUAAAUAUGAUAAUUGGUUUUUUACCCUUCUAUCUGGCAACAAAACUGACACCUUGUUUUUACGGGUGUGGACCAAUCAACUUCAAGGACAGUGCAUACAUUAUCAGAGUUAUGUUUUUUGUUUGCAUUAUGACUGCAGGUAUUGUGUGUCUAUGUAAACAUGACUCCUUGUAAAAACAAGGUGUCAGUUUUAUUGCCAGAUAGAAGGGUAAAAAACCUAUUAUCAUAUUUAGUUUAACUUUUAUCAAUCCACAUUUGCAAAAGCCAUAACUCUUCUCAUCCGACCAUCAAAAAGAGGCAUUGUGCUCUUGAUUGAUUGUUGUAGAGUCCUUGGCAGUGAUCUACAGCAGCGCCAGCUGCAACCCCCUGUAAAAUGCGUGACGUUAAAUUAUGAUUAUUUCAUCAUUUAUAUUUUCAAUAACAACCCGGUUACACAGGAUAACGGCAGAACCGGGGUAUUACAUAAACACGUUAUGCAAUGUGUAGGUUAAAGAGUGUGCCUGCAGCCAUGGCGAAAAAUACACGUUUUACAGCCAACGUAAAAUAAACAACAAUAACACGCUUGCCUCAUUGACAUUCCAAAUCAACAAGUCCGAUCUUUUCAUUGUUAGCAAUCAAACAAGCCGUGCUUUUGAAAAAGAAAAAUCAUAUCCAACACACUUGAUCUCCUGUGUGCAGUUACGUAAUAUACAUUCACAGUUUCCCGUACCAUUUUUUAUUGUCCCAAGCAAUUGUUUUAUUGCAUUUAAAUCCAUCACGCGUGACGGCAGCAGCAGCAGCGACACGCGCACGAGCUGAAUGACCACGUCGAGAUCCUGACUGGCUCGCAAAGCGACGGACAUCACGUGUAUCCCUCUUGCUUGAGACCGAAACAGGAGGAGGAUUUCUCCACGACUCUGGCUGUCGCCUCGUGGGGCUGGUUGUAAUAGCCGGCGAAACGUCACGGUACUAGAAUUGUAAAUGUUGUGGGUUUACUCUCCAACACACCGGUGUGCUGAACGAGUGAUGCAUUGGCACGUUCUGUUUACGUGACAAACCUAACCAAUUGGCUGUGGCGGGUGCUGGCGAGUUUAACGACACAUUUAUUUUUACGCGAUCUAACCCAAAAAACUCUUUUGUGGAUAUUCCCCCGUCCGUUGAAGGUGUGUGGACGACGAUAUAUUAAUAGCCAAUGAGUUAACCUCUCUGCAUUAUACUGUUAUCAGCCAUGGGCUUCAGGUUUUUAUUUUGCCGGCUACCCCUGGGCAAUGACGUGAUUUAGGCGGAGUGAAUGCGGUCUCCGCAGACCGUGGAUGCAAAAGAAAAAUGUUCCAAAUAUUUCACGUGCUUGCUAAAAGGCAAAGGUGCAGGCCUGCAGUUGCUUGCCGCGCUGCAACUGCUGGCGGAAUGGCCUCCACUAUCGGGAGCUCUGAGAGGGUGUUUGGUCUAAUCUUCCACCCUGAUCACGAUGUGUUGGAAGAGGCGGGGGUAGCCCGCACUCGACCGCACCGUCCGCCACAAACUGUGGUGUGCCCGCUCCGAGCGGAGACAAGAGGGUGGAUGACAUUUUUGCUGAAACCUUUGCCCCGUUGUUCAAGCCUGCCGCGCCAGCAAUCAAACCGGUCUUCAUCUUUCGUAUCGAUUAACAGCGGCAGAUGAAAGACGUGAUUUUAGAUGUAUUAUUCACUCAAUUGUUCAGACGCGGAGUGGAUCUCGUCCGCUCCUCGUUUAAAGCAGUGAAGACGACAGCAGCGGCAGCAGCGGCGGAGUGUUUACGAUGCCCGUCGACGGUUUUGGGAUUUGUGGCCGCACCACUCGCAGGCCCCCGAAUCUUUUUGACGGUGCCAUUUGUGGCAUCGGAAGGCCGCAUCGGCCACAUGGGCCCCCGGUCCUGAUUCGGUUGAUGGUCGACCAUUGACGGUUGGGGUCCCUGUGUGAGAUGUUACGUGAACGAAGUCAACAAUGAAGUUCAUGACGAAUAACAUCGCUCAGGAAACCGGUCGACCUCUGGGUUACAGCAGAAAGAGCAAUCGAACCGGUGCCCCCUGGGUUUGUUUGCGAGUGCGGUGUACUCACCGUCGCACGGCCAUUCCUCCCACGUGCUGCGUACAGCAGGGUCAAGUAGAAAUGUUGACGAAAAAAAACAUGUUACUAUAAGGGUCGUACCUCCUCCCUUGUCGCUGAGAGUGAUUGCACUUGGCUUGAAACAGAAACUUGUCAAGGGUCUUGAACCUAGGGUUGCCACCUGUCUUGGUGUUCCCAAGAUGUCCUCUUUUUUUUCAGAAUCAAAAUCUGUAUUUAUCGUGGAGGAAUCCGAUGAGCUGUGAUGCUGUUUUUUUCCUUCUCACAGAUGUCCAGUAGGCGCGGGUUAGAACGUUACAACAACAGACAAUUCCAAAAAAACACGAUAUGAGUGCAAAGUGUAGAAAAGGUAAGAAAAUCACUGAAUAUAAAUAAAUAUAAAUAACUAAAGUAUACCAGUUUAAAUUUCUAAGUACAUAAAUUCUCAAACUUGGGCAAGGCAGUAAAACAACAGAAAAAAACAGUCCCAGACCACACCAAGACAAUGCACAGUCCAUCAAUAAAAUAGAACAUUAAAAAUUAACUAACAAUACACGGAUAAGGAUCAAAGUUGCAAAUCACGUGAGAAAAUGUGGUUGCAUCCAGCACUAAUCUUCUGCUUUAGGAUACUUUUUGAGGUGGAAGUCCUGGGGAUAUUUGUGAAUCUUCCUAAGACGUUAAUAGUUUAAUGAUAUUUUUGCAUUGCCAUCAUCAUGAGCCAUGCACAAUCCACUUGCUGACUUAAAGUUUCCCCAAGCCACAGCCUGUCGCCUCGAAUGAUCCAGCGAUGUAAUUAUAUUAUCCAUCCCCUGCUCUGCGUAAAACCAAUUGGCAAACUUAAUAUUGGGGAAGAGAGCGUAGAACCACAAAUGGUUUAUUUAUGUAAAGCAGAGCUUGUCACUUAUGGUAUACUCUAUGACUGGAUUCGGUCCCUGAAAAUGCCGAAUGCAGAUUCUAGCGAAACUUCCUGGUAUCUAAUUGCUGAAUUUGCCUGCCAAAAUUGUAUUUGCGACUCAUCGGCGAGCGGAAAUCACAAUAAUUGGCACGUUAAUUACGCUUGUGCACGUGGCAGUCAAAUCUGUUUGGCUGUGUCGGGUGGUGGAGGGUCUUGUGACACAAAUAUUGCCAGACGAUUGCGUGGCCUAACCCCAAUUUUAUACAUAUGUGAUAGUUCAGAAAAAGACAAGAAAUUUAUUUUUUACAUGAUUUGCUCACAAAUAUAUUACAUAUUCAACGAGCACCCGUGCAGUCGCAUUGACUGCACGGGGGUUCCCGGUUGUGUUGUGCAGCUGUCAAAAUGCGUUUUUGCAGCGCAACACGAAAAAGACAUCGGAGGACAUCGGUCCUACCGACUGGGGUUUUGACGACGUUGAUUUAAUGUUGUGUGCACCAAAGUGUGUCUAUUGACCCCUUUUGGGAUUGUGAUACAGUUGUUAUUGUUCACCUGUGCUCUUAAUGUAAAAGUUGUGACUCGAUAGGCCAAGUGAUUGUGUGUAUGUAUGUAUACUUUACUUUUUAUACAAUCACGCUAUUAUUAUUGUUACAGUAUUACUAUAUCAUCUGCUUAGUUACACCUGCAGAUUAUUAUCAUUAAUAUUAUUUUUCAUCAUCAAUAAAUGGUAACAUGUUAACUCCCAACGCGGAUAUUGGUAGUUAAUGUUAGUGGAAAGGUCUCAACGCUGCCACCUGUCACUAAACGACUUUAUCAAAUGCUUCAUUCGGUCGCAAUCCUGAAAGCGUCGAGACUGACUGAAGCAGGGAUCGUGGCUCAAGAAAACGAAGGGAACAAGAGGAGGUGCAAGAUACGUAGGGGUGCCACGGUGGCGAGAUGUUCACUACCUCGCCAGGUAUGCAGGAGGUCGUGGUUUCGAUCCCGACCCUGACGCCUGCUGUAUAUUUGGAGCGUGCGUGUCUCUCUCCCCGUGGUCGCUUGGAUUUUUCUCCGGGUCCUCCGGUUUUUCCCUCCACAUUUAGAAUCAACUUGAAUUUAGAGUAGUUGGCUGCGAUAAAUGUCUAGGUGGUGAGCCGCUUUGUUAAACUGUAAUUUGGCGUGGCCAGGUCGAUUCUUUAAUAGAGUUACACAACUCAGUGGGCCUUACCUGGUCAAAUAAAAUAAAGCGUAGUUUAGUUUUAACUUAAGGCUUUCGUGACUGCAGGAAUUCAUAUUCUUGGGUCUUUCGGUAAAGUCACGUAGAUAGGUUAAAAUAAAACAAUAAAAAAUAACAGAAAACUACGACGUUUCGAUCGUCUUCAGGAAAAGGAAGACGACCGCUCGCGUCGCGAUCGAAACGUCGCAGUUUUCUGUUAUUUUGAUGAUUUUCUUUGAACCGAUCUCCGUCACUUCACCGGAAGACCCAAGAAUACAGUUUAGUCACGUAGAAGGGAAAUAUUAAAAUAAUAAAAAUAAAACAUUAUUUCCCUUCUACGUGACUUUACCGAAAUAACCUAGAAGAUGAAUCCCUGCAGUCACGAAAGCUUUAAAUCGAAAAAAACAGUUUAGUUUAAGUUUAGAAAACCAGGCGGAUAGACGUAUCGGUACGAGAUCGAUCGAUGACAAGAAGAGUAGGGGUUGAUGUUGAGUGACUCCGCCGGUCUGGCUGGAGUCAAAGAGAACCAGGGCGAGUGUUUGCUCGUUCCCGUUGCUUGCAAACGAGCCGACGGAAGGGAUAGAUGUCCGACACGGAAGCCAUUUCGUUGCUUUGCCUCUUUAAAAUCCCAAAUGUACAAAGAGACCGACGGUGUGAACUCUCCAAUGCGGUGUUGAACCACAAGCAGCUAUUGUACAUUACACGAUCGCGUGUUCCCCGUCGCGUGGAAUGUUUACAUCGCGUUCGUAUUUAUUGUUUUUGCGUCAGCUUUAUUUUUGUUGCGAGAAAACUUGCUACGUGCUUUCAAGAUUAAAAAAAUGUCGAGACAUGAUGAGAGACUAUAUAUUGCCCCUCCCCCCGCCGGAGGAGAAGAAAACGUAAAUGCUCACGAGAUAGCCAAUAGCGGAUUAUUGAAUCCAUCUGUGCAGGCUCUUUAAUCAAGUGUCACCCCCUCGGAAACGCGGUGGGGUUUCUCCGGAAUCCUCCAAUGUGAAGAGAAUCACUCGCGAGCGCAAUUGGUCAAACGUGUAGCAGGACCCUACUGAUAAAUCGUCUUAAGUGAGGCUUUCCCGAGUAUACAUGGGGCAUAAUAGAGGGGUUUUUUGGGGUUAGAUUGCGUAAAUAUAAAUGUAUCGUAAAACCCGCCACCAAAUCGUUACUAGUUCAGCACACCGGUGUGUUGGAGAGUAAACGCGCAACAGUUUACCAUUCGAGUUACCGUGACGGUUUGCCGGUAAUUACAACCAUCAUUCAGGCGCCAGCCAGAGUUGUGGAGAAAUUCUCCUCCUGUUUCGUCUAUUAAGAACUAGAAACUAAUUGGCACAUUUUGUUCACGUGACAAACCUUUCUGAUUAGCUGUGUCAGUUGGUGGCGGGUUUACAUUUAUAUUCACGCGAUCUCCCCCCCCCCCCAAAAAAAAAAAACACCCUCCAUUGUGGAUAGUAUUGUUCGCGGAAUCCUGCGCGUUCAACAUAUCUAGGGCAACACAAAUGUAUAUGGCAGCAUCAGUGGGGUAGUGUGGUUGGCAUGGGUCAGGGCGCAGGGAAUUAAAUGGGGCCUCCUCUGUGCAAUUUGCCUCUCCCGACCCCCCAUCCUCCCCUUUUCCCCUUCAUAACCCGUCACCUGGCCUCUUCCAGCCCACGGGUUCACGGCGCAGUCACAUCCGCCUGCACACUCCCCCUCUUGUCACCCACUACGCCGCUGGGCCACAACGCACUCGCACGAAACGUUCCCUGCGCGCACAUCUGCGAGGCGUCGAAUGCUGAGACGCACGAGCGUGGUGGGGUGUGCAGCGGAGAUCUUCUUCAAUCUUCACGUUCACUUAUCGGCACUUCACGUUUCUCGCGGCGUUCCGUGUUCAUUGUCGCCGUCCAAAGCAGGUCACGGACACUCGAGCGCGAGCCGCCGUUGAUCGCGAACAGCUUGACGCUUUUAUAUAUAUAAUAUAUAUUUCUUAAGCCAGUCAAUAAGUGAGCACGGUUAUUCAUUGAACGUGUAUUGAUGUAGAGUAUAUGCGACGUCUGCUGUUCAUAACCAUGCGUAACUAUAUAAACAACCUCACAAAGACAAAGCUCCCCUGUAUAGCCUGUAACAGACUGUUGGGGCAAGUGCUGUUCGCGAGCAGCAACUAUGAAGGCCGGCACGGCACACGAGGGGGUCGGUGGCCAGCAACCACGCCCGGCCGCCUUUGUCUCCCCCAGUGGCUAUAGUCACGCAUCGCACCGGCUACUCAUUUGAGGCCGAGUCGACCGAGGAGAGGCCCUCGACCGGUCCCCGGCGGUUCGGAGCGCAGCUGCCGCUUGCCGCUCUCCGCAAUCGCAAGCAAAGCGCAGACGUCGCUCCUGGGCACGUGAGUCGUAGGGUGUCUCCGGAACGUCGAGUGCGUUACCCCGUCGAGUGUCCGUUCUCGUGCUCGUUUUAGAAAGUCCCAGCUGCAGCGCUCACCGAUAUUGGAACGCGAUUAUAUCCACGCAGCGUGCGGAGGUUUUUACGUCAGUGGCUUCUAAUAAAAAGGGUUGUUUCGUUUCGACGUGCGGUUAUCUGUCGUUGGGAAGCGCUAUUGAAGCAGUCUCUGUCGCGAAUCCGCCGGCGUGGUAUGACCAUGAAUAUGACGAUGAGUUGGAUGUGUGUGUGUGUGUGUGUCACUACA